GUUAGCCCAAAUAGCUAAUUUAAAUUAGAGCCCAUUAGUGAUUAUUGGUAAGCCCAACCUCCUCAAGUCCAAUUUGCUGCCAUUUCUUAACCCUUUCAGUCGAGUCGAGGUUGUCCGGCUUCUGCCAGGUUCUCCGUCUGUAGCACCUUCCCGUCCGGUCCAUGUUUUGGUUGAAGACUUUGUAUUGAACAAAAUUUCCUACUCAAAGUUACUAGGCGCAAAAGAUACUAAGUGGGAGAUAUCCUUGGGAGCAGAACGUAAUGGCUUCUCUGUUCAAGGAUUUAGCCAAGAUUUCAGCAUAUAGGGACAGAAGGUUUCCAGGAUCACAAGAAGAAUUUGAAGAUGCUUUGUUAAAGUCGACAACUGUGUAUGUGGGGAACAUGUCUUUCUACACAACAGAGGAGCAAGUAUAUGAGCUAUUCUCUCGUGCUGGAGAGAUUAAAAAGAUAGUGAUGGGAUUGGAUAAGAAUUCCAAAACUCCUUGUGGAUUCAGCUUUAUAAUGUACUACUCUAGAGACGACGCUGAAGACUCUGUCAAAUAUAUCAGUGGAACGAUUCUUGAUGAUCGCCCUAUUCGUGUUGAUUUUGAUUGGGGAUUUCAAGAAGGUAGGCAAUGGGGCCGUGGUAGGAGUGGUGGACAGGUACGCGAUGAAUAUCGUACCGACUAUGAUCCAGGUCGAGGUGGUUAUGGAAAAUUGGUUCAAAAGGAAUUGGAAGCACAAAGGCAGCUAGUGGAUUAUGGUACAGGAUCAUUGGGCGCGUACCCACCAGUUAUGCCACCACCUAACUAUGGUAGACAUAGUGGAAACCAUGGUCAUGGAGGCUCGUAUCGACAUGGUAGAGACUAUCAUCGCAAGCGACACAGGGAAGAUGACCACCGUAGGUCAGAUUAUCCAAAGAGGAGUUAUGACCGCGAAUCUCGGAGAACAUCUGAUCAUGAAUCCAGACCGGAGAAGAAUCCACGUUUCCGUGAGAGUGGUGAUUCUGAUGAAGACGAUGAUGAUGAUAGGAAGCGGCGUACCUAGUUCUUUUAUUUCUAGAUGUAGAUUGCUGUGUGUUACUUUAAAAGAGAGUCCAAGACCUGCUUUUUCUCGCUCUCAUCAACUUCCUUUGUUGCUCGUGCUUACACAAUUAAAAUGUUGUACAUUAGGAACUACCUUCAAACGUAUUUGCACCUAAGGAGUAACGGUUGGGAUCCAUUGUUAACCGUUUCUAAUUAAGUAUAAAAUGAACUACAAUCUACCUUUUAAUAUCA